GGGCGCAGGCAGAGCGGGAUGGGUGACUGGAAAGGCUACAUUAGUGCGGUGCUGCGGGAUCGGCGAAUCGACGACGUGGCCAUCGUGGGCCACGCGGACAAUCGCUGCGUGUGGGCAUCGCGGCCCGGGGGCCUGCUGGCGGCCAUCUCACCGCAGGAGGUGGGCGUGCUCACGGGGCCCGACAGGAGCACCUUCCUGCAGGCGGGUCUGAGCUUGGCGGGCCGCCGCUGCUGCGUCAUCCGCGACUACCUGCUGGCCGAGGGUGACGGUGUGCUGGACGCGCGCACGAAGGGGCUGGAUGGGCGCGCGGUCUGCGUGGGCCACUCGCCGCGCGCGCUCCUCGUGCUCAUGGGCCGACGCGGCGUGCACGGCGGCAUCCUUAACAAGACGGUGCACGAGCUGAUCCGCGGGCUGCGCACGCAGGGCGCCUAACGGCGCAACCCGGCCGCCCUGGGCGGAGGCAGGCGGGAAUAAACUGGCUUGGACGUGGCUGGCUCAUCCUCCGGUUUCACGUGGGCAGUUGCAAAUAAGGAAACUGGUUUAUAGGAAGGUCUUUG